GAGAUAUGAUUUGAAAAGCUACGUUUCAAGGGCGCGCGUCAGAGAGUCACGUGGUCAUGUUCCAGGAAGCGGAGUGGGGAAUGUACAGCUGAGUCUGGAAAGUGCGUCAACAACACCACCGAGGGUUUCUGCCUGUAGGAAAACAUGGGGGCCAUCUGCUGAUUGACAGAUAGACUUUUGCAGGAGGGAACAACCGCACCUAGUACCAUGGAAACGUCUAAUUUUGCUCAUGUCAUCUUCCAGAACGUGGGGAAGAGCUAUCUCCCCCAUGCUGCUCUGGAGUGCCACUACACACUCACACAGUUCAUCAAGCCCCAUCCCAAGGACUGGGUUGGCAUAUUCAAGGUUGGCUGGAGUACGGCUCGUGACUACUACACCUUCCUGUGGUCUCCUCUACCAGACGUGUACACAGAAGGCACCGCAGUCAACAGAUCAGUGAUCUUUCAAGGUUACUACGUCCCCAACGAUGAUGGGGAAUUCUACCAGUUCUGUUAUGUCACUCAUAAAGGAGAGAUUCGUGGGGCCAGUACGCCUUUCCAGUUCCGUGCUAACAGCCCCACUGAGGAGGAGUUGCUCACAGUGGAGGAUGAGGGUGGAUCAGACAUUCUGGUUGUCACCACCAAAGCCAGCUAUUUAGAGCAAAAGAUGGAGGAGGUGCGUCUGGAAAAGGAGGAGCUGCUGAAGAGCAUGGAGCUCCUGCAGAAAGAGAGAAAUGAGCUGCUGGAGGAAAGAGACAGAAUUCAGAAAGAGUAUGAGCAGGAGAGAGAGAACACUGCUCAGCUCAGGAAAGAAGUGCAGGAGCUGCAGCUGUCCUCUCAGAGCCUACAGGAGGAGAGAGAGGAGGUGAAGAAGAGGAUGGAGGAGAACACAGCACGGCUGCUGCAACUGGAAGAGGAUCUAAUUGGGGUCACACAGAAGGGCUUGCAGAAGGAGACAGAGUUGGACUGCUUGAAAGAUCGAGUGAAGAAGCUCACACUUGAGAAAGAAGCACUGGAGUCUCAGCUGAAGAAUGAGAAGGAUGAGAAAGAGCUCUAUAAGAUUCACCUGAAGAACCGUGAGCUAGAGAACACUAAGUUAAGUGCUGAGCUGCAGAUGCUGAGAUCAGUGGAUGUGAAUAAGGAGAACACCAUUGCUCAGCUGAAGGAGGAACUGGCACGUGCCAAAGCCUGCCUGGCAGAGAAAGACAAGCAGCAUCGCCAGCUCCUGGCUAACAGUUCCCCCUCGGGGGAGAGCAAGGCACUGCGGGAGCAGUUGAGGCAAAAAGAGGAGCAGUUGCAGGCCACUCAGCAGCAGGCUAACAUGCUGUCUGCAGAGCUGCGGGACUCAUCCAGUGCACGGGAUCGCAGCAUGGCUGAGCUCUACCGGGUCAAGCUGGAGUCUGACACGCUCAGACAGAGCCAAGCUGAGGCGCGGGCUGAGUGCAGCCGUCUGGAAAAACAGGUGGAGGAAAUGAAGAACUCAGCCACGCAAGAAGCACAGCGUAAGGAGUCUGAGGAUUUGGCUGUGGCUGAGCUGCAGAGGGAGGUGGAAGACCUAAAGCUCAGGUUGCAGAUGGCUGCAGAACAUUACAAGGAGAAAUACAAGGAGUGCCAGAAACUGCAGAAACAGGUUGUCAAACUCUCUGAGCAGCAAGGGGCAAAGAGAAGUCCUGGUUUAGAUGCAGCGACUGGCCCCUUGUCUGCCAGCCCUGAGGCAUCUGUGCCAGGAAGCCCAGGCUCAUCAGACAACGUGCUGGAUGCUAUUAUCCAAGGCAAGCUGAAGGGUGUCAGUAAGGAUGUUUUUGAUAAGAGUGACAAAUACAAGAAGUGCAAACAGAUGUUGUGUGAGGAGAAGGGGCGCAACAGCAUGCUGAUGGAUGAGCUAGCUAAACUUGAGCUGAAGUGGAAAGAGCAGGUGAAGAUCAAUGAGAGCCUAAAGCUGCAGCUGGCUGCUGAGGAGGACCGCUACAAGAGCCAGGUAGCAGCCAAGGGUCGGGAACUGAAGGAGCUGAAGGACAGCCUCGCUGCUUUAUCCAAAGAGAAGGAGAAACUGGAAGGGGAAUUGCAGAGAAGUGCUAGUCGUGAGGAAGAGGAGGAGGAUGAUGGUAGUUUGGAUGUGCCACCAGUUUUUCUGCAGUACCCCUUGCCAUAUCAGCCAGAUGUCCCCUCUCCUUUACUGAUGGCCCAGCGUCCUACAGAGCUGAUGUUUGGAAACCCGUAUUCAUCUGAAAGCAGGGACAGUGCAGAUGGAGAGUUCUCAGAUGAUCAGAUGCCUAGGCUUCCUCCUGUUGGACCUCCAUCUUGGGACAGUAAUGUGGUGUGCAGCCAGCCUGCCCGCAACCUGAGCCGCCCUGAUGGUCUGGAGGAGCCCGAGGAGCAGCCAAACACUCAAACCAACAACCAGGCCACGGUCAGCGAGCCACCCACCCACUUCCUCAAUGAUGGACAAAUGCCAUUCUGCUUUGAAACCAGCGAGGAGUUGCAGAAGCGCUGUCCACUGUGUGAGGUCAUCUUCCCUCCAAAUUACGACCAGUCAAAGUUCGAGGAGCAUGUGGAGAGCCACUGGAAGGUGUGUCCCAUGUGCAGUGAGCAGUUCCCCCUAGACUGCGAUCAGCAGCUGUUUGAGAAGCAUGUGCUCACCCAUUUUGAUGGCAACGUGCUCAACUUCGAUUAGACCAGCCAGAGAGAAAAUCUUCACCACAUUUAUUUUAAAGUCAUUUUUAUCACCUCAUAACUGCAGCCGUUAACUCUUAGCCGCAUGUUACGCUGUGAGCAUUUACUUCUAAGCAAUCAGUUAAUUAGCUCAUGACUAUCUCUUUGCUAAGGAUUUCUUUUUAAGCUCAUGUUGCCCAUGAGAUGGGUGGGGUUACUAUAACGCAAUCAAAUAGAGAUACUGCAGGAUGACAGAUUUUCAGGGUGCUAUUUAUUAAUAUGGGUUUCUUUGGAGAAGGCUGUACAGACUAACUCACUGUCACUCUGUCACAAGCAUAAUCAUAUAGCCAGUAUAACAUCUUCUCACGUGUAUCUGCAAGCACUCUCUAGGCUUUAUGAAAUAAUAUGUCAGGUAUUACCUAUUUUCCCCUGUGCUGAUUUAGCACAGUUCUGUACUGUCAGGGCAAAAUGCUAGUUUAUACACAAGAAGCUGAUCAUAUAAUCAUAAAAUAAUCUAUUUUAGAAAAUGCUUUUAAAUAUCACACAUGAAGAAUAGGCUAUAAGAAGCAAGAUCAUUCUUAACCAAGAUGCUUUUUUUUUUCUCUCUAUUUAAAUCAACUGAUACUUCAGCCAUUAUUAUAUUUUAGUUGCAUGCUUAUUCUGUCACUGUGCACUGAAUUCAAAACCUCUUGGUCUGGUUUCCUUGACACAAAUUAAGCCUGGUUUUGGGACUAAAAUAAAUUUUUAAAGGAAAAUCACAAACGAACAUUUUUGUCCAAGGUUAUGUUCAAGAGAGUCUGAUGUCAGAAACUAAGUGAGCUACAUUUAGUAAUUAUCCUGCACAGAAGGGAUGAGAUAUUAAUUUUAUUAAUCAAACCUGUACACAGCAUUGCACUACUGAACAUUGCUCAGCGCUAGACUUAAUCUGUCUCAGUUAACCAAACUAAUGUGUGUUUACUUUGGUUUAGGUUAACAGUGUAAGGUCUACUGGAUACCUUUUCCUUGUAUGUGUGUCUUCUUACUCUGAUAUACACCAAUAAAGUUUUGUUUGGAACAA